UUCAAUUGACAACUUGGGCCAGCCCAUCUGUUUGUAAGGGCAUUGGAUGGUGGCUUACUGUGGAGGCAAAUGCAUUGAGAAGUUCUAUCAUAAAUGACCUUUUUUUCCUUUUUGUUUGGUUCAGUGAGAUGCUGUAUCAUCCUCUUAAAAGUAACCGAAAGGAAGUAAUGCUAAGAUUCAUGCCAAAGUUAAAGCCAGUCUUAUUCUCUCCCUUUUGAGUUUUCUUUCUUCCCAUCUUUCUUGCAUAUAUGUACCACAACCACUUCUGUUUUCCUUUUGUCCACGGUUGAUCUCUGUUUUCUCAAUAGAGAUCAUGGAUUUUUCUGAUGAAAAUCGACCUAUUGUCUGUGAUAAUGGAUCUGGCUUCAUGAAGGCUGGUUUUGCUGGAGAUGAUGUUCCCUGUGUAGUUUUCCCUAGUGUAAUAGGCCGACCCCGAAACAAGCAUGCCAUGAUGGGUAUUGGACAGAAGGAACUGUACUAUGGAGAUGAAGCUCAGGCAAGGCGUGGAAUACUCCAACUAAGUUACCCUGUUAACCAAGGAAUAGUGAGAGAUUGGGAUGACAUGGAAAAGCUUUGGGAGAACACUUUCGAGAAGGAGCUUAUGGCGAAGAUCGAAGAACACUCUGUUCUCCUAACAGAGGCACCAUUGAAUCCCAAGGCGAACCGGGAGAAGAUGGUGGAGAUCAUGUUUGAGGCAUUUGAGAUCCCAGCCACAUACAUAGCAACUCAAGCAGUGCUCUCCUUAUAUGCUAGUGGUCGCACUACAGGAAUCGUGAUGGACAGUGGAGAAGGGGUCACAAACAUGGUCCCUAUCUACGAGGGCUAUGCACUGCCACAUGCCAUCGAGAGGCUCGACAUAGCUGGCAAGGAUCUGACUGACACACUUGCUAAGAUCCUAACAGAAGAAGGCCAUGUGUUUGCCACUUCAGCAGAAAGGGAGAUUGUAAGGGACAUGAAGGAGAAACUUGCUUACGUGGCUAUCGACUUCGAAGAGGAAUUGACCAGGUCCAAAGAAGGCUCAGAGCUGGAGAGGGAGUAUGAAUUGCCUGAUGGGCAAGUCCUAAGGAUUGGGGCAGGAAGGUUCAAGUGCUCAGAAGUCCUAUUUGAUCCAAGUAGAAUAGGGAUGGAGUCCAAGGGGAUCCAUGAAGUUGUAUUGAAAUCAAUUGAGAGGAGCGAUGUGGACAUCAGGAGAGACAUAUACGCCAAUGUGGUGCUUAGUGGGGGAACUACAAUGGUAGAAGGAUUGGCCGAUCGGCUAGCGAAGGAGCUGAGCAUACUGGCACCACCAUCAAUCAGGGUGAGAGUAGUUGCUCCUCCUGAGAGGAAGUAUAGUGUGUGGAUUGGUGGCUCCAUUUUGGCUUCAUUGAGCACUUUUGAGCAGAUGUGGAUAACCAAAGAGGAGUACAUGGAAACUGGUCCUGCUAUUGUACACAUGAAGUGUUUCUAGUCAUUAUACUAUUUACCCUUUUAGCAAAUCUUUCAACUAUUCUUUUCCUAAUAUAAUCCCAGUCCAUAA